CAUUCAACAUAAAACCAGUAGGUGAAAUUUUUUUUGAAGGGAGUGAUGAAACAUUAAUAAAUUGAGAAAUAUUUGUAUCACCUAGCCUAUUUGUUGUUGGAGCUGUCACAACUGGUGGGUUACUACAUAUCAUUGCAUCAUUACGACCUUCAGCCUCUUCAAAUGGUUGAACCACCUUGCUAGUUGUGCUUGCAGCUUGUCGGGCCGAUAAGCUAUUAGAACACUCCUUCGCCACUGUUCUUCGCUUGGCUGCUGGCGCAGGCUGAUGCUCUUUUAACUGAAAUAUACUUCUCAAAGUGAAAGAAUGGCUGAAUUAAUACAACUGAUGUGUAAAAUUUCCUCAUUUGAUCCACUGUCUGUGAUUAGACAUUUGACUGGAGAGAUUGUUAAUGACAGUGAGACCACCUGCACUGACAGCAUUGGGAAGAAAAUCAACAACAUCAACAUUCUCAGCAGCAUUCUGAAGAGUUUACACCUGGCCAGUGACAAUCACACAAUGGACAAGAUUGUUUCUGCAGAUAUACUAGAAAUAAUAUCUGGCAUUUGUUUUGCUUUAUUGCUUGAACUCCAACCCUCAUAUGAUGGAAGGGAAAAUACUUUGUCGUCAGUGGCUGCCAUUUGUGAUCUGCUAAUGGUGUGUAUGGAGAUUUGCCAGGAUGACCAAGUAAUAGUUGUUCUUAAAAAGUGUGAUCACUUCCUUGAUGUUUGGCUGGCUGAGCAACCUUGCAUACCUGAUCAGAAACACUCAAAAGAGCAAGGCAUCAUGGAUAUUAUUUGCACUGUAGAAAUUUACAAAACAGUGUUUUCUCUUGAAAGGUGUCGACUUAACACAAGUGACAUUUUUGAAAAGUGUUGUACUCUUUUUGACAGUUUAUUUUCAAAAGUUUUAAACAUCCUGCCACAUGUUCCCAAUAAGGUCAUCUCACGCAUUGUGUUUGGUGUUAUUGCUAAUUUACUGAAGCAGGAUCCUAACCAGGCUGUUUCUAGAAUGAGCAAAUUGUGGAACACUGUUGAGAGUUUUGUAGUUGCAGACAGAAUAGAUUUCAUUCAGCAGACUCUUCUCAUUCUUUGUAGUCUAGCAGAUUUUCUUUUCCCUGUUACUGGAGAACCUCUUGGCAUUCAUCUUAAAUGCUCAAACCACUUUUGGAUGAUUGUACAGCAAGCUAUGGUUCAUACAAACCCUCUCACAAGGAAGCGAGCCAUGUACCUGCUUAAGAGGAUCAUUGAUAUCUGUGAGAAGCAGUUUGCCGAUGUGUCUGCUGGUGCAUGUCCAGUUUUUGUUUGGAAGAAGGCCAGUGAAAAAGAAUUCUCCAAAACAUGGGAAGAUGUUGUGUUGAUUUUGGAAACUUUAGAAGAAAAGCAAGUUCAUGUGAUUAAGCCUCUGUUGGGAAGGAUGGAGUUCUUGCUGAAAGCGACAUUUUUACACAGUGGAGGUAACUGUCAAUUGAUAAAGGGGCCAUUCCAUGAUGUUCUUUACUAUCUGCACACAUCCUGGUUGGUGACUAUUUUCAAACGUUGUCUAAUGCACGAGAGUGUCUUUGUGAUAAAGUGGGCAGUGGAGACGAUUCUGAAUUUGGACUAUGACAUGGUUCCAUUGCUGACACAAGGUCAACACGAGUUUUUAUCAACAUCAUUUCUGCUGGCAUUUCAAGAGCUAAAAAUAUAUACACGGCAACAAGGUGUUUCUCGUGGCUCAAGUCCUUUUGUUGGCCCUGGACUGAUAAAUUUUUUCUCUUCAUGCAUUCGAGUUAUUCAAGAACCUAUGAGGCAAGCCAGUUUUCUCAAACAAGUUCUCAACACAAUCAUGUCAACUUCCUGGAGCUCUGUUCCUGUAAUGUUCUUCACUCAGGGCCUGUCCCACAUUCCACAAUCUUCUCUACUGGACAAAGAUGCCAUUUUCAUUAUCAAGGAUAUUGUUGUGUCUCGACUCACAACUAUGGAGCCUCAUGCUAAAGGCAUUGUGCAGUGUUUUCUUGUCCAGACAUUGAUUAACCUAAUAGAUCAGAAUCAAGUCAGUUUAGAAGAUUUUGUUGAUGUGAUAUCUAAAUUUGACAAAGACCUUUGUCUGCAAAGGGGCACAACACAAUGGAAACAAACUGUAGAUUGGCUAGAAAAAACAAGCACUACAGGCUGGUCUAGGCAGUCUGUACAGAAAACUGUAUUGUCCAUGGUCCAAGACUGUUUGCAAGUCAAAGAAGAUACAGAAAUCAACAUGGCUGACCAACUUAAAAUAGGUCAGAUUUCACGUCUGGUAUUACUUGCAGCAGAUGCAGGUAUCCUUGGAAACAAAUCAAACCCUGAAGAUGUAACUCUUGAUGACCUUCUGAAUCUGCUGACUGCUAUUAUUAACUCUGUCAGUUCGCAUGCCUAUAUGCCAAAGGUAAAGGCAGACAAGGCAGUUUACCUGUUAGCAGCCAUUUCUGAAGAGCAAGGGAAAGUAUGUGACAAUCCUGUCGACUCAAGUAUACAACAUGCUUUUUUUGUGUGUCAAAAAGAACUGUAUGACUACAUUGCAUCAAGAGUUAACAGUGACUAUUCAGAGAUAAGAGAUCUUUCACUGGUCAGUAUAUACACUGAAGUAAUACAGAUUUUCCACAAAUAUGCAAUGCCAGGAGAUGCUUGGUCUUCACGGUCCCUGACAGACCUCUGCACACGAUGUAUUCAAACUCUGAAGGUUGUGCAAAGUGUGGCUGAAAAAUCAUUGCAACAUCAGAUGCUGCAAAUUGCAGCCAUCAGUGUUCUGUCCACCGUCUGUCUACUGAUCGAUGAUGACAGUGAUGUUAAGAGUUGGCAGUCAGUUGCACAGUGUAUCUUUGAUUAUGUUAUCAGCAUGAAACUUGAUACAUCUUUUACCAAAGAAGAGGCUGUCACUGAUGAUGGAAAUGGUGAUGGAAAAAGAAACUGGGGAAAAGUUGUUUCUCGCUUUAUGACUGCUCAGUGGCAGCUUGUUUGUUUUUGUCUGAGAAGAUUGCCAUGCAGUGUUCCAGCAGAAUGUCUCUUUUAUAAAUGUCUAGAAGCUUUUGACACUGGAUCAUGGGAGUCAGACUUACCUGUCAUGGAUUGCCUAGCUGCUUUGUUGCCUCAGUUGUUGACAUGUAAUGUUAAACCAGAACAACUGACCAUGGCUAUUGAUUUAGCCUGGGUAAAGACAAAUGAGGAACAUCACACUGCUGGCUUCUGGCUUAAACUGAGAUCAUUUAUUAACAUGGCUUUUCAAAAUUCACUUCUACACCAACCAAAAGAUUCCAUUAUUUUACAACAUUUACUGAAGUAUGCACGCAAAUUGUUUUCAUUUGGAGAUGACAAGACUGGUGUUUUAAACUUAUUGGUUGAGAAACUCUGUGAUGUGUGGCACUCUCUGGAUGGCAUCUUCAUAGCUGAGAAACUUAUUACUCUUUUAACUGAUGCCUGCAUUUUUGGUGAAAUCUACAAAAAGGCUGACAACCUCUUCCCUGAUGUUUGGGCAUAUUUUGUGACAUUGCAGGAUGAAGUGGCAGUCAAUGAAAUUCUUCCAAGAUUGAAAAGGAAUGGUCUUGUUGUGCGCAGCAUGAUUGUGAAUUUUCUCAUUCGACUGAGACCUGAAGAUAGCAAGCACACUGAUCUGGCAAUGAGUUUGUGGAAGGAGUUGGUACAGCGCUAUCAGCUACUUGUGGAUGAUACAGUUUACAGGCAGUAUAACAAUUCACUGAGUCAUCGAUGCAAGCAUCGCAUUUUUCAAAUACUGCUAUUAAUGGAACCAUUUAUUUCAGAGGAUAACAGGGUUGAAUGCUGGUCGUUCAUCUGGAAGUCAUUAGUUACUGAAGUUCAUCCAUCAGUCCGUCACAUGCAGGAAUGGCUUGUGCUUCGACUUGCUCUUAGAUUUCCGACAUUUGUUGAUGAUUUGUGGAUAUAUUUUGAUGAAUUUUCAGAAAGAAGGAAUUUGAGUUUAACAUCUUUAAUUACGAUUGUUUCUCACCUGGGACCACACCUGCCAAAAUCAUUGCAGAGCAGUUACUACAUGAAAGCCAUCCCUACAGUGAUACCCUGGUGCAUGGCUCAUCAUUUCAACACACGUCUUCAUGCUCAAGUGACCAUCAUAAAACUGUGGAAUCAGUGCAUUGCUGUAGAACUUGAUGAUGUCACAUCUGCUUUCAGCAUUGUGAAAACAUUCAUGUGCUUCAACACAGAGAACAACAACACAAUGAAAAAUGUUAAAAAGUUAUUUGAAAAUUACUUCAUAAAAACUUUUGAUUUUGUACGGGACUACAGCCUUGAGACAAUCUUCUACACACUUCCAGUGUUAGCUAUAUUGACAGAUGAAGAAUGGAUCUCACCUGAAAUGUUCACAGCUCACGACUUGAGUGGGAAUACACAAAUGGGUUAUCGGCUGCCUCUCUACAACAUUACCAGUGAUCUCAAGUGCUGUCAUGCUGGGCCAUGGAGAAUCAAACCACCAGCUGAAAAAAGUGAAGAAUGUGAUGAAGAUGGUGAGGGUGAUGUUCAGAAAAAGAUAAUGCCAUGGCGACUGAUGACACCUGAUGAAGAAUCGUUCGAUUAUGAAUUCAAGAAGAAACUACACAAACCUGGUGGUCUGGUUCUGGUCACCUCCCUGAUUGAGAAAAUACCAAACCUUGGAGGUCUUUGUCGGACAAGUGAAAUCUUUGGAGUGUCUGAGUUUGUACUACGUAAUCUUCAUUACAUUGAUGAUAAGAUGUUCCAGGUGCUUAGUGUGACAGCUCAGAACUGGAUCCCAAUAACAGAGGUUCCUCCAGAAAGACUGAUCGAGUUCAUGGAUGAUAAAAGAAAGGAAGGUUACACACUAAUUGGUGCUGAGCAGACUGCUAACAGCAUGUGUCUAACUAAAUACAGAUUUCCUACAAAGUCACUCCUUUUAUUGGGGAAUGAGAAAGAAGGAAUUCCUGUCAACUUGAUUCAGCUACUGGAUGUGUGUGUUGAAAUUCCUCAGCAAGGAAUCAUCCGCUCACUGAAUGUUCACGUCAGUGGAGCUCUUCUCAUCUGGGAGUAUGCACGUCAACAGAUGGAAAAACAAACUCAUUCUUGAUGAUUAAAAAAACUACAUUUUUGUUCCUAGUAAUUAUGAAUUUUAAAGAUCUUAAAGGGUUGAUUAGGCAAGGGUUUUGGACUGGUAUGAUGAUUGAUAGCCGACUGUAACAGCUAAUUUGAUAAUAAAUUUGAUCGUUUUAAGAACAAAAAAUAAAAAAUCGCAAAAUACUGGGAUAUAAAUCAGUUUCCAAAAUAUAUUCUUUUAAAAAAAACCCAGAUUUACUGGGAAUAAUGGACGUAAACUCAACUUUAAAUUUUUUUUGCCUAAUUUUAAUUAACGUUAACUGAUCUAAAAUAUAAAAAUGUGAAAAACCCACGAAAAUAAUACUUAUAAUUCAAAUGUAAACUGUACAUUAUGUAUUUAUAAACAUUUUAAGUGAAAAUAUGUUAGUAAAAGUUAUAAAUUUGUACCCCCCUCAAUAUGUUUUUCAAAAAUUAAUCCAGUAGUCACAAAGUUAAUUACUAAAAUGGUAAAAAUGUAACAGCUGUUAUAUAUAAUUGGUGCAUCAAUUUUGCUCCAUACCACUGAAUGAGUCCUCUUGUGAGCAGGUAUUUACACACAAUACAAAUGUACAUGUACAUGUACUUAACGCGUCACAUCAGGUCUUUGUCUUAGAACUGAAGAAACAAAUGUACUGGUCCGAUGAUUUUUGUUAAGUAAAAAUGUCCAGAAAUAAGUACUAUACACCAUUUUCCUUUACAAAAUAAACAACCAUUGGCUGCAAAACAAAUCAAAAUAACUUUUCAACUUGUUUUGUGUAUGAAGCAGUGGUAUAGUUCAGAAAUCUAAAUACUGCAGUCUUUGUCUUUUACGGUGCACAAGUUCGAUCGCUCUCGUACAGUGCACUUAAUUUCAAUCUGGCGAGUGCGAAAAAUAACACGUUACACUUACCAAAACAGCGCACGUAAAAAUAAUAGUGUACAUGUAUAUUAAUUGCCACUAUUUACCUUAUUGCCACCGUUUACUUUGGGAAAGACCAGAAAGAAAAAAAAAUGUGACGUCAAUGGUAGCGUGAACGGUAUAGUAGCGUCCAUGCAAGCUUUUAAUAUAUAACUGGUGCUUAUAUAUUUUCUAUAUAAAUCAGAAAAAAAAGAUUUAAUAGACAUCUUCGAAGACAUACCAAUCCGAUCAAAACUCCUUUGCCUAUUUAAUUUAUUAUUAAUUAGAAACAGUCCACUUUUGUAAGGUAAUAGAUCACAAUGCCUGAUAAGGCUAACUCAUUUAUACGGUUCAUAUAGUUAUGAAAAAAGAAAAGAAAUUGAAUUAAAUAGUGGCUUUUGUAGCCUAUACAAAUGAACUCGUUACGGAAAUCAGCGAAGUCGGUAAAAUUGUCUCGAUUAGUGCACAACUGUUGACUAAAAGCUUGCAUGAGGCCCCGAAAAUGGUAAGUGUGUAACGUUCUACUUUCUUUAAAAAAGAAAUGAAAUUUAGACGAAGACAAUUCAAAGUAGACUGAAUAAUAAAAAGAAAAAGAAAUGAUAAAAAGCAUGUAGGAAUAGGCCUAGGUCUGUUUACAAAAAAGUAAAUUUUUUUACAUCUAUUAUUUUUCUUUUUUUAUCUUUAAAAAAAAAAAGAAUAAAACUUCAUUUAAAUAUUUGUAUUUCAACCAAAGGUUAAUGAAUGUACAUAUGUUAUUUAUAUAUAUAUAUAUGUACAAAAUAAAAGUAACAGUAAUCAAUGAUCAUAGCAGACUAUUUAAUUUUCGUUUCUUUCAAAUGUUACAGACCAUGUAACUGGAACAUCGGUACUCUGUAGCAUAUUGACCAGUCAGAGCUAUUGGUAUCUUAUUUUUACUCUUGGAACAGGCACUCGCUGGUCUACUUGAUAACUUCUUUUACAUUUGUGAUGGUGUGUAAAAUUAUGUUUGUUUUUAGAUUAUCUUUAUUAUGGCAUCUCACGUUUAGAAUAAAAUUCUUUGUAAUGACC